AUGGAGCAUCCCAAAGCUUUACUGUUCGUAAUCAUUGCUCUCGCUUCAUGCCUUGGGUUGGCGUAUCCUAUCUCAACUACUGAUUGCAUGAACGUCUAUGCGACAUGGGGCACAGGAAAAUAUACAAUCGAUCUCGGCAUAUACCACAAGGAGGUUAAGCCAAUCUUCCUUUCCGAAUUCAAGAAGAUCGACAAAUUUGAAGCCUACUGCGGCUCGAACCCAGAUUUCGAGAUUGACAGGAAGGGCAUAGUGAAUCCGAGUGCUGUUGAAAAGAAAAAGAUUCAACUUGGAAAGUGCCUAAGGGUAAAUUUUAUUUUCGCUACACCAUUCUCAUCUUUCUCAGAGCUACUUCCCAGAAAACCUUCAGCCUUGACCUUGGAGGAGCAAGACGAAAGCGAUGAUGGAUCCGAGUCUUCCUUCACAGCCUUCGCAACUUGGGGAGUAGGGAAAUAUACCAUUGAUCUCGGCAUAUAUCACAAGGAGGUUAAGCCAAUCUUUCUUGCCGCAUAUAAAAAGAUGGACAAAUUUGAAGCCUACUGCGGCUCGAACCCAGACUUUGAAAUCACCAGGAAGGGCGUAAAAACCUUCAGCCGUGACGAUCUUGGAGAAGUAGUUUUGGAACAUAUCCCCGAAGAAAAAGCUCCCGACGACGAAUCUGACGAUGAAAAGGACGGAGGAUCUGACGACGAGAGCGAGGAUGGGUCCGACUCUUCGCUCACAACCUUCGAGGGCGAUGAUGAUGGUGACUCCGAGCCGAAACUUCUUCCUUCGGGCUUGCGAGCAUUGCCCAUCAUUUUUUCAGCUUGGUUUGAGGGGAUCUAUGCUAGUGGAAUUAUGACUGUGCUUUCUUGAAGAGAUGAGUUCAAUAAAGAGAGCGUCUUCAACUUACGAUACAUUUCGCAGUCCCCUGUUGUCAUCUUUUGUAAAUGAAGCUCCCAAUUUAAACCAACUUUGGUUG